ACGUGGAAGCCUUAAAGUGAAUUGUGGAAAUAAAUGAAACAAAAAAAAUAGAGAAGAAAAAUCUCACCCUAUCAUUCCUCCUCAAAAUACGAUCUCUUGCUAGUCUAUUUCCCUCUUCUCAUGCCUCUUACCCCAAAUAACAAGGAUCUCAUAUCAUUUUUCUACUCCCAUUAAUUAUUCCCAUCAUCUUUGCCUUGCCCCCACCCCCACCCCAUUUUCUUCCAUCUCCUCAAUUUUCAAAGGACAUUUUCUUCUUUGGAGGCAAAAUGGCCAAUGCGGCAUCGGGAAUGGCGGUGAGCGAUGAGUGCAAGUUAAGGUUUUUGGAGUUAAAAGCGAAGAGAACUUACCGUUUUAUUGUGUUUAAGAUUGAACAACAACAAGUGGUGAUAGACAAACUUGGUGGACCCAAUGAGAGCUACGAUGAUUUCAAUGCUAGUUUUCCUGCAAACGAGUGCCGUUACGCCGUCUACGACUUUGAUUUCAUCACUCAUGAGAAUUGCCAGAAGAGCAAGAUUUUCUUCAUAGCUUGGUCACCGGAUGCAUCACAGGUGAGAAUGAAAAUGGUUUAUGCAAGUUCGAAAGAUAGAUUCAAGAGAGAAUUGGAUGGGAUUCAAUUUGAGUUGCAAGCAACAGAUCCUAGUGAAAUGAGCUUGGACAUUGUUAAGAGCCGAGCCUUCUAAACAAACAAACAUUAAUUAAUUAAUUAAAUUUAAGUACCCCUAUUUUUUUAUUACUUCAUUCAUUCAUAUUCACUGUUACCAUCUUUCUUACCUUGUUCUUUCCUUUUCAUUUUUUCUUUUGUCGUUUCAUUCAAAACGAAACCCUUGUAUAAGAAAGAUAUAAUGUCGUUUCUUGAGAAACUUUGAUUAAGAGUUCUUAGAGCAUAUUAUUUAUUGGGCUGGUAAAAAGCUAGAGCAAUAUUUAUUAUAAUAAUAACAAGAGUAAUAAAUAUUGCUCGUAUUUAAUAGCUAGUACUAGUAGAAUGGUUUCGAGGCUCUAGGUUACUUUACUUGCUUUUCGAGCAUAGACUGUUAUGAAUAGCAUAGUAAUCUAUUCUUUUGUCUGUAUCAAAUGCUUAAUCAGCUUAAUUCAAUAUCCAGUGCUCUUAUUAUACAUUCUUAAA